UUUGUCCCACUCGUCGAUCCUGAUUGGUCGAGUUCGAUGUUACCGCGAUCGAAUUAGUGUCCAUUUCUAUUAGCGGCGCUCCAUCUUACGGAUGUUUUGGCAGCUGCCAAAGUCUGCCAACACUCCUCCUCGUCUACGUCCAUCGCCUGAUACAUGCCGUUCGUUUAUAUACUUGUGUGUGUGUGUAUGUGUGCGUGAUACUUACGUGAAUUCGCCUUCGUAUAUACAUAUGUGCAUACAAACCGUGGUAUGCAUAUAUAGGCAUGGUGGAGUCUCAGAGAAAUUCUCGUGUUUAUUAAUAAUUUCUCCGCGAAAUUCACCGCGUACUGCCGCGUACUUCAACUGUUAAAAUGGCUGCAUCCUUGUCGGCUUACUGGGUGAAGUUCUUCAAAGGAGCUGGUUUUCCUCAAGAUGUGGCCACUAAACACGCAGUCGUGUUCUCGAAUAAUCGCAUCAAACCGGAUAUGUUGCCGGAUUUGGAUAAACCUAGUCUCAAAGAGAUGGGCAUCACGCUAAUGGGCGAUAUGAUUGCUAUUUUGAGAUAUGCCAAGAAGGUGGUGGAGGAGACGACCUGCGAGAGAUUUUUGGUCGACUCGGAGGACUCGCUUCCGACUCCGAAAGUUUCCGCGGCGAAACCCGCGGCUGUGAAGAAAGUAGUCAAAGAAAUGGGAAGUAAGACGGUGGUUUUGACGGCGUCUAAAACAGACUCUACGAAGAAGAUGGCUAAACCUUUGACUGUGACGAAGAAGAUCGUGACGAUAAGGAAGCCAAUUUCCGCCCCGGUAACCACUAACUCCGUUAACCAGAAGCAGAUGUCUCUCAAGAGGAAAUUGGCGUCGGAGGAGGUGUAUCAGGACAACGACGAAGAUAACUGGAGUAUCCUGGAGAAGAAGGUAAAGGCGACAAAUGGUAGCGACGACAGUCCCGUCGAGUACGCGGCGCCGAAGGCAACGACCGUGAGAACCCAGGUACUUAAGAAACCCGCUGAACAAAAGCGUACGGUAUUCGAUAGAUUAGGCGACAGCUCGGUCACGAGCACAACCAAUUUGGCCGACGCGACGCCCACCUUCAACAUCACCGGAGUCGGUAAGGACGUGUUCAAGAGGUCGACCAGUGUCUUCAAGCGUCUCGGCGACAUCGACGACAAGAAGGAUCACGCAGUUACCGUGGGCAUACUUAAGAACGGGUCGGGCACCACCGGUUCGCCGGGUAUACUGAAGAACCGAACGUCACCUAGCGCACGUACGUCAAUUAUAACGACGAAGAGAGUCAUACCUAAAGUUACCGGCACCAUGCAUGCCGAUCACGAAGUUAGCAAGAAGAUUAUUUUGAACAAUAAUACAAGCCGUAUACUGAAGCUGAAGAAGGACGUGCCCAAUGUUAAAUCGAGCAUCAAGGGUAUCAGCAAACCCGCAGUUACAUCUGGCAAAUUAGCUUCGGAACGACUUAUCUCAAUACCAGCCAAAGCACGCCUGGGCACAACCACUGCCAAACAAGUGACUUUCAGUAAAGUGACAACAGUGUCGCGUGUCAAAAAGGCGGACGUUUUCAGUCGUUUGGGUAUUUAAGUUGGGCUUUCUCAUAUUCUCCCUCCUCCCCCUUCUCCACUACCGCGAACGAGCGAAUGGUUUGCGAUCGAACUGUUAUUUGUAUAAAAAUAGAUGAUUCUUCGAGCUGGCUGCAUUGAUAUUGGUUAGUGCUAAUUGAGUGAUCCAUUGUAUUUUUUUUGGUUUCUCUUUGCUAUAUGAACGAGAUAUAUUGCUAACCAGAGUCACUUGCAAGGCUAUUACAAAGGUGUUGUUGUAACAUAUAUGAUGUUAUAACAUAUAUGAUGUAAAUAUAAGAAGAGACAUUAAUGACUUAAGAUUAUAGAUUUACAAUUUAGUGACGCCCAUGAAUUGCUCGAUCAUAAAGAACGCAUAUUGGAUAAUACAGCCAAGUGCAAUGUGCUUUUUUUUUUAUUUAAGAAUUUCUAUAAGAUUAUGCAAGUCUCUUUUCUUUAUUUUUUUUAUUUGAAACCUUUUAACAGACGAUUUAAUUUUUGUCAUAAGGAUUAAGUAAUUGCGAUCAUAUCCUAUAAGACACAACUGUAUUUUAAACUUGAUGUAUACUAGCCUUUUUGACUUGAAAGAAAGUUUUAUGCAGUACCAUUUUUCCUAUACAUGCAUAUUACUUUCUAUGUUUUUAUAAUACUCCGGCAUAUCGACGUACACAAAUACAAAUGUAUGAACGAGCAAUUAGAUUUGCUAUAUUUUGAAAUUCGACUUGUUAUAUUUUUAGCCGUAUUUCCUACAGUUCUUUUUUUAUGCAUCCAAUAAACAUUUAUUUGUUUGCUAACACAUAAAUGCGGAUAUUACGAAAAAGAAUAAUCUGUCAAAAGUAUCUUCUAACAUUCGAUUAGCGAUGUUUAUUGAUAUUAUAAGUAAUUGAAAAAUAUGGCUUGUAAUAAUAACAGCAACAGAUUGAUACGAUUAUAUGUGUUUUGUAUAACUGGAUUAUUGCCAUAUAAUAUAUAGUAUUAUUAAUUUGUUGCUAUUCUUAAUAAGCUAUUCUUAAUAAGAAUUUUUUGAUAAAAUAUC